AUGAAGUGCAUUCCGAAGAGUUGGGAAUGCGAAAAGCAUGAUUGUGACGAUAAUUCAGAUAAGAAAAGUUGUGUCGAUGGUAAAAAAACCAUCAUGGAAUCUACUGAAUAUGAUGGAUUCAAAUGUUCUAUCGGCACUUAUCUGCCGUACUUGAAAGUAUGUGACGAGAUCACUUGUUUAAUAGACAGUGAUUGUGAACGUCUAUGUUACAAGACACCAAGAGGCGAUGUUUGCUAUCCAGAUGGAUAUCAUUUAGCUGCUGAUGCAACUUCUUGCGAGGAUGAACGAAGGAUAAACGAAUAUGAAUUUGGCACUAUUAAGAAAUUCAAAAUUGGAACAAAGGAAAUAUUCACAAUUAUUGCUGAGCAUUCAGAGACAGUGACGAUUGAUUGGAUAACCGACAAUGUCUAUGUCAAUGAUAAUGAUCAUUCGAAUACGAUUCAGAUUCAUUGUGUCUUCCAACAAGCAACACAAAUAACAUGGUGUGACACAAUGGAUCAUUAUAUCCUUGUUAAUUGCCAAUUAAACAAAGACAUGAUAACUGUGUCGCUUAUGCAUCGUCCAUUAGGCAUUAGUAUUUUUGAACAGUCGCUUUAUUGGUUGACGGGUAUAAACAGUCAACUGCAAAGUUGCAACCUUUUAGUUGGUAAUACAGCACUCUCAGAAUUCGCUUUCAAAAUCGUCGUCAAUCGAAGAGGCAAUGAGGGAUUUUUGUACACAUCAAAAAUACUAAACUGUAGAUUCGGGUAUGACACUGAGUUCUCCAAAUCUAAAAGUGAUUUUUUUGAAUGUGUCAGUGGUCAGUGUAUACCAAAAAUUCAGAUAUGUAAUGGAAUAAUGGACUGUGAAGAUGGUUCAGAUGAAGCACUUAACAUCUGCCAUAAUAAGAUAGAGCAUAACCUUAUAUGCUCCAAAUAUGAAUAUAAAUGCAGCACGAAUGAUACUUGCAUACCGAAAACAAUGUUCUGCGACACAACAACAGAUUGCCCGGAUGGAAGCGAUGAGUACAACGGUUGCGUGAAAGAUUUGAUUUGCACCAAGGACACCUUCCGAUGUAAUGACGGGCAUUGCAUAUUUCGAGAAUGGAUUUGCGAUGGCAAAAACGAUUGCCUCGACGGCAGCGACGAGUUGAACUGCAGCAUAAAUAAUUGUAAAAUAGAAAAUUUCCAUUAUUUGUGUAAAAAUCAACUAUGCAUACCUCUUAAAUUAGUAUGCAAUGGAAAGGAUGACUGUGGUGAUAAAUCAGAUGAAAUCGAUUGUACAUCAUCCAACUGCUCCAAGUCGAUAAAAUGCGAUCAUGAAUGCAUACUAACUCCUAAAGGAAGUACAUGUUUCUGUAAGCCGGGUUAUAAGUUACAAAAUGAUAACCGCACUUGUAUAGAUAUCGACGAGUGUCAAACUUAUGGCAUAUGUGAUCAAGAAUGUGUGAAUUCUCCAGGAUCGUAUAGUUGCAGGUGUCAAAUGGAUUAUUUCUUACAGGAGGACAAGAAAACCUGCAAAGCGAGUGGUCGUGCUAAAAUACUGUUUUCUACAAAAAACGAGAUUAUCGAGCUGUAUUUCAUGAAAAAAAAUGACAAAGUUGAACUCUUCAAUGAAUGGAAACUCUUAAGUCAUCUGGUCAGUAUUGCAGUAAACAAUGAGCACAUAUAUUUUUCGAAAUUGAAAGAUGAUAACGAAAUCAUUUCAAGAAAUACUCCUAUAACUCAAGACGUCGUGACAGUAGGCGUGUCAAGGAUAUCAGCGAUAGCCAUAGAUUGGAUCACAGAAAAUCUAUAUUUUACGGACAAGAUUAAUCAUCGUAUCGGAGUUUGCAAAAUCAUCAGAAAAUACACAAAUUGUACUGUAUUAAUUGAUAAUAUUGAUCAACCAAUGGGAAUUGCUUUAUUACCAACUCGUGGGAAAAUGUAUUGGUGUGAUUGGAGUUCUAAUCCACAUAUAGCAGUGGCGGGAAUGGACGGCAAAAACAUCCGUAUAUUUGUCUCUGAAAAUAUAAAAGCGCCGAGAAGCCUAACUAUUGAUUAUCAAACUAAUCGAUUAUAUUGGGUGGAUUUCAAAUUAAGAAAAAUCGAAUCAAUACGUUUAGACGGAACUGAUCGAAGACUUGUACUACAUAAUAUAACAUACAACCCAUUCUCACUGGCAGUCUUCGAAAAUAAAUUGUAUUGGACCGACAUGAAAUCCAAUGCGAUACAGUCAUGCAAUAAAUUUACUGGAAAGGAUCGGAAUGUCUUAUUUCGAAGUUUACAUCAUCCUUAUAAUUUGCACAUCGAACAUGCAGCACUGAAGCCUAAAAUUAACAAUCCAUGUCUUUCCAAUCCGUGUUCCGAAUUAUGCAUGCUAAAUCAGGAGAAUGGAUACACAUGCGCUUGUACUUUGGAUAAGAAAUUAAACGUCGACAAUCAUACCUGUCAAGAGAUGAGAAAGAAGCAACAUUUGCUGAUAACUAAUGGAUACAAAUUUGUAGACUAUUAUGACGGAAUGAUAGGAAAGCCGAAAGUGGAAUAUGCAAUAUCAUUUAUACGCUUUGGAUAUUUAAUAGACAUGGCAGCUGAUCCGAUUACUGGCACACGUAAGUUCCGUACUAACAUAACACAGCCUUUAAGUCUUACUAUCAUGGGCAACAAUAUCUAUUGGACUGAAAAGGGAAAUACUCGACAAAAAUCACAGAAAUUAUACACGACAAAUGUUAAAAACACUUUUGAUCUGAACCAUAAGAAUAUAAUUGUUUUGGGUACGUUACUAGAAAUUUCGUUUAUAGUAACUUUGAGUAAAGAUGCUAAAUUUGAUCACGAUUGUCAGAAAAAUAAUGGAAAUUGCUCACAUGUGUGUUUGCCUUCUUCGAAUACUUCUAAUACUUUCAUUUGUGCUUGUCCUCCUGGAAUGGGACUCUCAUAUGACAAUCGUACUUGCAUUAUGCAUGAAUGUCUUGCGAACGAAUUUAAGUGCAGCGAACACAAUGUCUGCAUAUCAAAGAAAAAUGUGUGCGAUGGUAUUGCACAUUGUCCGAAUGGUGAAGACGAGACCAUAGACUGCUAUGAAAAAAAGAUAUGUAAGAAAGAUCACUUUACAUGUACAAAUGGCGAGUGUAUUGAUAUAAAAGAUCGUUGUAAUGGGUAUUACGAUUGCAUUGAUCAUUCGGAUGAAAAGAAUUGCAAAAGACCGAAAUGCAGAGAAGAUGAAUUUCAAUGUCGUGACGGAUUAAUCUUUUGCAUAUCGGAGACGUUUAUAUGUAACAAUAUAUCUAAUUGUGAAGACGGAUCGGAUGAAACACACGAGGCAUGUAAAUCAAUACAAUGUUUAGACGAACAAUUUCGGUGUAAUAAUGGUUAUUGUAUAUCUAGUUCGCUGAUGUGCGACGGUUUCUAUGAUUGCCUCGAUAAAAGCGAUGAAGUAUUAUGCCCACAUUCUUCUUUAGAUAAUUGCAACACAAACGAGUAUCAAUGUUUCGACACUAAUUUGUGUCUUUCUAAACAAGUAAGAUGUAAUGGCGUAUUUGAUUGUCCGAAAUAUGAUGACGAGUAUGGCUGUGAAGUGUGCUCGAACGAUGAAUUUAGUUGUGAUGGAAUGAAGUGCAUUCCGAAGAGUUGGGUAUGCGACAAAAAGAUUGAUUGCGACGACAUUUCAGAUGAGAAAGAUUGUGUCGAUGAUAAAAAAACCACCAUGGAAUAUACCAAAUGCCAUGAAUUCAAAUGUUCUAUUGGUACUUGUCUGCCGUACUUGAAAGUAUGCGACGAUAUUCAAGAUUGCCCAGACGGCAGCGAUGAAAAUGAAAAGUGCCGGACCGCUUGUUCAAUAGACAAUCAUUGUGAAAAUCUUUGUUAUAAAACACCAAAAGGUGAUGUUUGCGGCUGUCCAGAUGGAUAUCGUUUAGCUGCUGAUGCGACUUCUUGCGAGGACAUAAAUGAAUGCGAAAAUGAUGUUUGUUCACAAUUUUGUCGAAAUACAGUAGGUUCUUUUGAGUGUUUUUGUGACGACCAUCAUGACAUCGAUAUCGAUGGAGUUUCUUGCAAAGCUAUCGGGCCACCAAUGGAAUUCAUCACCAUUACUGAUAAUGAUAUUAGAAAGAUAUCAUCUAAUUUACAUUCGAUUGAUGUGAUCUAUUCAUUAUCGGAUUUCAGUAUAAAUGGAUUCGACGUGAAUGCAAUCCACGAUUCUAUUUAUUGGAGUAACAGUGAAUUUGGCACUAUUAAGAAACUUAAAAUUGGAACGAAGGAAAUAUUCACAGUACAUACUACAGAGCAUCCGCAGGCACUCGCGAUUGAUUGGAUCACCGAUAAUGUCUAUGUCAAUGAUAAUGGUCAUUCGAAUACGAUUCAGGUGUGCAAUUUCGAGAAACAAAGAUGUGCGCCUUUGGUAGAGAUAGAAGAUAAGGCAAAAGUAGGAUCCCUUUUAGUUGACUCGAUUAAUAGAUGGCUAUUUUGGUCUCAAAUAACUUUGGAAACGGACAAACCAUUUAGCAAAAUAUGUCGUUCAGAUAUGAUGAGCGCCGAUAUAAAAAUUAUUGAUUUUGAUGUAGGCUUCGUAAGCGGGAUGACACUCGAUUACAUAAAAUCUAAAUUAUAUUGGUUGGAUAGUUUUAAUAAUGCUAUCAAAUUAUCUAAUUUGGAUGGAAGCCAACGCAGCACGUUCUUAAGAAUGAAUAUGCAUCAUCCGUUAAGCAUUAGUAUUUAUGAACAGUCACUUUAUUGGUUAACGGGUAUAAAUGGUCAACUGCGACGUUGUAAAUUGUAUGGUAACAAAUUGUGCGACAUAUUAGAUAUAGACACAAAUAAUAUUCACAGACAGUUUGCCAUUCUGCAUAUUUCCAGGCAACCUUUUAAUUGGUAUGGUAAGAUCUCUAGUAAUCUCAAAAUCAAAUUCUUAUUAUGUAUAUUAAUUUUUAUAGAGUUAUUAAGUAAAGUUAAAUUAUACUUUUUAGAUAAAGAUAAAAAUCUUUGUGACAAAGAAUUUUGCGAUUACAUGUGCGUUUUGUUGAAGGAAAAUGCAACAUGUAUUUGUUCAGAUGGUAAACCGAUAAAAUCCAAUACAACUUGUAUGAUAAAUAAUAAAUCAUUAAUUGAAAAUACACAACAUACAAGUAUUUAUAUUAUAACAAUAACUGUAUUACUAAUUGCUGUUUUAUUAUUAUGCAUUUACAACUGCUAUCAGAGAAGUAAAUUCCAGUGGAAACUAGUAGAUAACUUAAACAUUCACCGCAUUCGUUUUCAAAAUCCGUCGUAUGGUCAAAGAGAUGAGGUUGAGUUAACAUUCAAUUCGACAAUUGAAGACAUAUCUCCUGAACAGCAUGAAUACGUCAAUCCUCUUGAUGAUGAAUUUGUAAGUAUGAAGGUAACGUAA